AUGAAACGGGAAAAAGCUUUUAUUUUGUGCAGACAUCUUAGUGAGCGCACGCCUCACAGAAGCAAUAAAUCUUAACUGCUAUUCAUUUCUGGACCUGCCAGUGAUUUAUCUCAUUAUUGAACUUGUGUGUCAUUUAUCACAUUAUUUCAAUCACACAAAGUGUGUUGCUUGGUUAAAAUAGCAGAAAAUACAAUAACAAAACAAGAGACAAAUACCCGGCGAGUAAAUUUGAUGGGAAUCAAUUUGCAGAGGCCUGUUAGGUUGUCCGCUUUUUGUAGAUAGGCAUUUGUUUCUCUGUUAAUGACUCUGACGUCUUAUUUCAAAUAGAUAUUCUUCAUCAGAUGACUGUAAUAAAAGUGGAGCAAUGGUUUUAAAUAAGUGGUGCUAUGGGGGGAUUACAUGGUGCAGUACAUGUUGUUGUGACUGACAGGCUUUUCUGUUGUAAUGGUUAAGUGUCCUACAUGGAGCUGAAAUUACUUUUUCAAGAUGAGAAGGAAACACAACUUCCUGCCCACACUUAUCUUUCAGCCUCUGUGAAAAAUAACAACAACAAUUCAAUCUCUUUUGCACCAGAUUAUUAUCUUUCUUUGUGUUGAUAUUGUGGCCUUUCUAGUUGAUCACUUCAUGAUCCUCCUUUUUGUGCUCUGCCUGUCAAAGUAAAUCAACAUUUUGAGGCAUGCACUCGACCACAAUUACUUUCAUCAUGCUGAAAUAAUAAAAUACUUGUAAGAUUUGCUCUUUUUGAACAUCAUAACAACAACAUAGAUUGUAAUACAAAUAUUCCUAAUCCUAAAUUAGUUCGGGUUGAAUAGAUACUGACAAGUGCCAAAAAUGAUUUAGGAAAAGAGUAAACAAACCACAUGCCAUUUGUUAUUUGAUGUCAUGAUAAUUGCUUUUUAUUGUUUAGUGGAAAGUAAGUUGGGGUUGUAACAUCAUUUGUUGUUUAUUGAGGAGGGGUAGCUGCAUUUUUCAGUAGACUCUACCAAUGUGGUUUUCAUAGUUAGGUCGUUUAAUAUGAUUCCCACUCACACAAAUAACUGAUCAGUCACAGUGAUGUGGCACUGACAACACUGCUUUAUCUUAUAUCCCAACAUAUAAACAGAUAGUUGUACAGUUCAAUCGUUGUGUAUUUCAAUGUUAUUUCCUUUUUUAUGAAACCUUAUUCAGUGGUAACAAACUCAAAUGAUGUUUUUUGGGGCGUUUGUUUCCUGUGCCUGCUCAGUUGUUGCCUAGUGAGUGUUUCUGUAACGCAGCAGUGAGCCUCAAUUCAAAGGACACAACAAACACACGGGUCUGUGAUGUUUCCUUUGUAUCAUUAAUGACGUGUGUGUGCGUGGAUGUGUUGAGGAGGCGGGGUCGGAACUGUAAGGGGCGGGGUUUACACGGUACAGACCAAUCAGACGACUCGCCGUCCUCUCCUCUCUGCUCCUAUUGGUUUCGAUCCGUCUGUGUAUCAUGCCGAUUUUGCUUUGGCUUUCUAGCGGCUAAGCUAGCAGCUAAUGUCAAUGCUGGCGAAUUCCGUCUUGUUUGCCCGCAGCACUGCGCUCAUCAUCAAAUAUCACACAAAGUGCAGCUGCAGUUGAAAACCCCGCUGUUCACGGUUUGCUCUAUUGCAGACGGCUUUGUUGCGCCUGGGACGAUGAAUGGAAACGCUCCUUCAACUGUGGGGAGAUGACCUUCCGCCCCUUUGGGAAUGGUUAGAAUGGGGCCAGAUGUGCCCCUUCUUAAUGAGUACAAGCAGGAGUUCUUCUGGAAGCGCUUCCCCCAGACAGUGUUGGGGGGCCCGCGCUUCAAGUUGGGCUACUGUGCCCCACCAUAUGUCUACGUUAAUCAGGUAGUCUUGUUCUUGACACCAUGGCUUUUCGGAGGCAUCGGUACUCUGCUCUGCCAGCUGCAGCUGCUCCAGGAGCUCCACGCCGCGGUGCUCUCUGGUAUGCUUAUGUUCGGGGCUGCAGCGGGUGUCCAGGCCCUGGCGUUGUAUGCCGCCGGGAGGAGUGGCACAGUGGAAAGACUUGGUGCACCCAACAUCCUGGUUGAUGAAGAGGAAGUGGAAUUCACCCACUGUGUUAGCCCAGAGACGGUCCGAUUCAUUGCACCUGGGAAGAGGUUUGGGCUGAAUGUAGUGUUGCAUACAGCACUCGCUGGGUUGCUCUGUGGCUUUGGAACAUGGUAUGUGUUCCUUGGCAGACUGACUGGUCUCUACAGCAGCAUUGGUGUAUCCCUGGUAGUCUUUGUCCUGAGCUGGGUGACACUGUGUAUAGCUGAGUAUUCCCUCAUUGUAAAUACCGCCACAGAGACGGCCACUUUCCAGGCACAGGACACUUAUGAGAUCACCCCUCUCACCCGGCCCCUCUACAUUUUUAUCUUCAUCGCCGUUGACUUGGCUUAUAGAUUCUCAGGCUCUGCCCCCGAGCUCCAACUUGCCAGCCAGGUUCUCCAUGUGCUGUUCCUCUUUCUACCUCUACUGUGGGCACUGGGUAUACUGCCUCCCCUGGAUGCCCUUCUCCUCUGGGGCAUGGAGCAGGCCCUUGUGUUUGGCUUAGGAGGCUCGCCCAUGUCUAGCAACCUCAGGCUGCUGUUGAUGUUUGGUGUAUCUGCUGGAGUAGCUGUGUGUAAUUACUUCAUCCCAUCAACACUGGGUGUGGUUCUCUUCUCCAUUUCUAUGGGAUUUUUGCUGAGCUUGGACCUCAGCCAGGUCGCCACCCUCUGCAGAGGACCCGGGGCAGCCUUCGGGGACCGUGGCUUUCACAGAGGGGGGUCGCCAUCUCCUCCCCGUUCUUUUGGCUGGAAUCUGGGCUGCAGGGAGCUGCUGGUAUAUUUGAGCCUGCUACUGGUGGCAAUGGCAGAGGCAGGGCUGUUACAUCACUUCCUCGGUUCAGUUCAGUCCCAGAGCUUGGUCACAGGACCCCAGGCUCCUGUCAGCUACCUACUCCUCAUACUCUUCUGCCUCUGCUGGGCUCUCAGAGAGAUCCAGGGGGCCUAUGUAUUCGGAGGGGUGUUCCUCAAUCCGCUGUAUCCUAAGGGGAUGUCCAGUGUACAGACUUUCAAGCAGAGGAGCAGAGGAUUAUACAUUGCUGCAGCAAUCAGAAGAGUCCUUCUUUAUCUUGUGUCUCCAUUUGCAAUGGUUGCUUUCCUGUCUAUGGACAAAUCUCUGCAGCUGCUCCACAGGGCAUCCCUCUGUGUGGGGUUCACACGAGCCUUUAGGGUGGUUUGGCAGAGCUCAGAAGAUGCUCUGCUCCAAAUGGUGGUGGUGGUCCUGGUGCAGCUUGCCACUGGAAAGAACAUGCUGCCAGGGUGGGACAACCUGGGAACUGGAGUUCAGCUUCUUCUGGUGGGCCUUGUGAUUGACAGACUGAACCAGUUCCUGGCCAAGUUAAAGUUCACCCUGACUGUCUUGGUGACAUCUUGGACAGAGACGAAGCAGCGCCGUCAGUCGGCUGGAACUCUCUUGGCCCUGAACACCUCUCUGUGCCCUCUGCUGCUGGCAGUGGUGGCCCUCUCUGCCCUGCUCUCUGCCCCUCUGCUGCCCCUCUUCACUCUGCCCAUCUUCCUGGUAGGGUUCCCCAGGCCUCAGCGCAGUUGGCCAGGACCUGUGGGCACCGCCUGUCCCUGCACGGACUCCAUCUUCUACCAGCAGAUGAGCGGGAGUCUGGCCUCAGCUCUGAGGACGGCCUUUGCAAGAGGGUCACUUGGUCCUUUAGCCCCAGGCUCUCAUUUUCUUGGCCGCUUUCAGGACCGUAUGGUUUGGAUAAUGAUCCUGGAGAGAGGAUAUGGCUACUGUACAGUCAACAUUAAGGGGCUGGAGUUGCAGGAAACAUCCUGCCACACAGUGGAGGCUCGGAGGGUGGACGAGGUGUUCGAAGCUGCUUUUGAGCGACCUGAGCGGCUCGGCUUCACUCAGGGCUUCAACCUGCACUGGGGGAACGCCCUCACCCCAUGUGCUGCACUCGCCGUUCGAGUCUACUCCGAUGCCCGAAAUGUGCUGUCUGGCAUCAUUGACUGUCACGACAACUUGAGGAAACUUCAGGACGACUUUCUCAAAGUGCUGGUCUGGUUGCUCCUUCGAUACUGCGUUCAGAGGCACAAAGGAUUCCUGUGGAGCAGCGAAGACGUGCCAGGGGUUGGAGGCAGGAAGUCCCAGUCUUCCCAGCUGGCCCACACUACCUGCAACCAACCACCUGAGGCUGUCAUGGUGGAAUCCAAUGUGUCUUCUCUCAGGUUUAGACAAGACAGCUCCAGCUUGACCUCCUUUGGUGAUUGGUCAGAUGAGGAUGACUUAUUUGGACCUCAACCAGCCAGGCGGACGGUGGCAUUAGUGACUGCCGAAGCCCAGCCUGGACACACCGCGCUGCAGACCGGGGCCUCUCUGCCCGGUUCUGUGGAGAUGGGCAGUCUCUUUGAAAACAUGGCUCUCUCUGCCUUGCAGCCUCUGCAGCCUCUGGGACUGGGCAUCGGGAUGCCGGCAGUAGAUAGAGGCCGAAACCCAGAGGCCUUCAGAGACAGUCCAAGCUCUGUCCCUCAUCUGAACUUCAGCUGUCCUCAAUCAGAGGUUUUCAACCUACCGUUAGGGUGGAGGACUGCACCGCUGCUGCCAUCCCGCCUGCUGCAGCUCAGGACUUUGUUUCCCGAGGACUGGUUUCGGUUCACGUUAGGGCGCUUUGGGCCUACUGUGCAGGGCGAGACCUCAGAGGACAUGACCAAAGCCUUGAAGGAGGAUGAAGCUUUGAAGGAACUGCAUGCUCAGGUUGCACUUUCAUGUCUCAUCUCCCUGGGCGCUGAGUCGGCCUUUACCAGUCCCAGUUACGUCUACAGGCUUUAUUGUGGAGAUGUGCCAUGGACAGAGGGACUAGAAUGGCUUGCCUCCAGUAAAGAACUUUAUCAGCUCUCUCUUCAGGCUUUCAGGUUCAGUUUCAAGCUGCUGUUUGAUCAAGCAAGCCUGGGGCCUAUGGAGUCCCUUGACGAGUUGUUCAGCACCUUGGAGGAAUACGAAAGGGAUUGGUACAUUGGCCUGGUGACAGAAAAAGGCUGGCACGACAGUGUGCUUCAGGAGAAACCCUUCCUAUUCUCUCUAGGACAUGACCUAGCUAUGGGUACCUACACAGGGCGAGUCCUGUCCCUGCAGGAGCAGCUGGUGCAGGUGGGCCGUCUGAAUGGAGAGGGGGUACGAGGCCAGUGGGCCAACCUCUCAUGGGAGCUCCUGUAUGCUACCAACGAUGACGAGGAGCGUUAUAGCAUCCAGGCUCACCCCUUCAUGCUGAGAAACUUAACUGUUCAGGCAGCCGAUCCCCCUUUGGGAUAUCCCAUUUACUCCUCCGCUCCCCUUCACUUCCCCUGCCUCUGAACAUAAGGACAUGAAGAGGUGAAUUUCAGUUUGUAAUCCCACAGCUAAGCCUCUAUUUACAAAGUAAAUCAUUGCAAAAUCAAGAGAAAACUUCAAUAAGUUUUGAAGUUUUACUUCGUCGUCUUUUGAACUCACAUGAAUUCAUUCAAUUUUUAGGUGCUUCACUUCCUGCACCAAGCAGUGGCGUCACUACUGUUCUCUUCUAAAGGUUGCAAAAUGUUGUUACCAGAUAUUAACUGACAAUGUGGACUUCUUCGCAGCUAGCAGCACAUUCAAUAAGAAAAAUCCCCUUUUGAACAUUGAUAUCUUGAAAGGGUUGACCAUCGAUAGGUUUCCACCAAAGCACAGGAAUUGUGUGGUUUGUUUGUUAAUAAUUGUUCUUAAAAAGAAGAUAACAAAUUGGCCUACCCCCUCCUCUACGGGAUACUUGCUGAAUACCUCUGGUUUUAUGGUACUUUUUAGAUUUCAAAAUUUUCAAAAAUCUCCACGUCCACAUGAAAAAAGGGACAAGAAUUUUAAAGUUUUGUUAAAAGAUAUCAAGGAUGUGCCUUGGGUAUGUCUCGCUGUUUGUGUAAGGUGUUUAGUGCUAUUGUUUUGUUUACAAUUCACUUGUUUACAAUUUGGAACGAAGAGUUCAAGGAAUUUCUCCAUAGUCUCUUGUACAUAUUGUGGAUUUUUAUAUGUGUAACUGUAUAUACUUAUAAUAAAAAAGCCUGGCAGGGGCAGUUUUGUUAUGUUUCUAUAAAAAAUCCUGCCAGGGUACAAAACUGCUUCAAA